GUUCUUUGGCCUUCUAGUUGUUGAGUGUGCUCCGGUGUGUGUGUCCAAAAACCCGUGCUUUUUUCUCGCCCCGUUUCUGUGCUUGUCGGCGGCUCUUUGUUCCUGCCCCUCCUGCCUAUUUGAGUGGCUGUCUAUCUGUGUUUCUACCUAUCGGCGUUUUUACCUAUCGGCGUUUUUACCUAUCGGUGUUUCUGCCUAUCAGUGUUUCUACCCAUCUGUGUUUCUGCCCAUCUGUGCUUUUGCCUAUCUGUGUUUCCGCAUUUGCUGCCUAUCAGUGUUUCCGCAUUUGCUGCCUAUCCGUGUUUAUCCUUUGCUGCCUAUCGGAGUUGCUGCCUAUCCGUGUUUCUGUCUGUCUGUCUGCGUCUUUUCUCGCCGGCACCAUCUAUCCUGCGCCGCCACAAACACACCAUGGACUCUUCAUUCGACGUGUCCUUCAAUGCCUCGGCCCUACUAGAGGACCACCAGCUAGAUACGUCUGUUUUGCUUCUGGCCGACGACGGCCUCUAUGCCGGCAGCCCGGCCAAAAAACACGUGCCCCCGCCCGAGGCGCUUUGCCAGAGCCUUUCCGGAACUACACACCCCGAGUUGCCGUGUCUGUUUCUCCUGCUGCCGCCGACGCCGGCACUGCAGGGGCCGCUGGCGCUGGUCUCUGGAGAGCUCUUCCAGAUGACCCACCAUCUCCGCCAGGAACGCAACUUGCACAACAACAAAAUCCACAAGCUCCUCGCAGAUCUCCAGGGCGACGCCGGCGACUUUGCGCUCGACGCCCAGCUCCGCACACGCGUGUUCAAGGCACGUGUUUCGCGCCAAAACUCUCUUGGUCUACUGGACACGCCGCUCGAUCCGUUGGACGUGCAGCUUGACGCGUACCUCCGCGACCCGGCGGCCCGGCCCCGGCCCAGGUCCGGCUCGCCGUCCAAACGCAAGGGCCUGGCCAGCGCCGGCUUUGCCACGGCCAACGAAAACAAGGAAAACGCCGCUCCCGUGCUCGAGCCCUCCAAGCGCAAGCUCAGCGACUCGGCCCGCAAGCCGCUUAAAAAGUCACGCAGCUACGCGUCUAUUCCAGCGCUCCAGACCGCCCACACAAACGCCUUAGCCAAAGGGGACCUGAAAGACAACCUUUCCAAACUGGGCCUGAAAGACAACCUUCCUAAAGUGGACAUCCCAGACAUCCUCCUGGGCCUCCUGGACAACCUCGUGCCAGGGCUCCGGGACGUGCGCUUCUCGCCACGGCGCACAUGCGUGCCCCGGGGCGCCGCUCUACCGGGUCGGCCGAGCCUCAAGAUGCGCGACGAUCUGCGUAUCUUCUUGGUGGAUCUGCUGACCGGCUCGGUGGCGGACGCCACGCAGUUUGGCACCGAGCUCAACGCGUCCAACUGUGAAGGCUUCCCGUUGCCCGACAACGCCAACGAGGUGGUGCAGAUACCCACCAACGACACGGUUCCGGCGUCCGCAGCCCAGAAAAUGGCCAUCAUCCGUGCCUUGGUGGGCCCGGCCCUGCGGCCUCGGCCGGAAUCAGACGUGCCGAAGUACAAAGGCUUUUACUCCAAACGAGAGUACGACGACCAGCGGGUGCGGGCAUCGCCCGAAGUCACUAUCUUCCACGAUGCCAAAAAGCGGGUCAGGUGGGCGGAUGAGCUCGAGUGGUGAGCACACCGCAACGGGACAUUGAACGGGUCUAUUACAUUAAUUAUAUAACACACGGAACUUGGGGAGAUAAUCUCAUGACAAUUUGAGUGAUGUGUCGGUUCGUUCGUGCCCACAAGUAUUCUGUAGUUUGCUACUAGCACUGACUCUGAGUAGGCUUUUUUGGUUUUCCUUGUUUUUGGGCCGUCUUAAGGCUGCCGGAUUCUGGAUCGAUGCGUUCGUGUGCUUGUUGGUGAUUGCGGCUUUGAAGCGCGAGCAGCACUUGUACGCUUGAUCUUCCGCUGGAAACACAUUCAAAUUAAUCCGGGUUGUAUGAGGCCUUAAUUCAGCGAGUUUGUGACACCGGUGCUGGUGUUGAGUCGAGUAUACAGCAAUGUUUGGCCUUGUGAUAUGCCUUGUCAAGCGGGGCAGGCUUCACUGGCUUCCGAUAUUCAGGCACUCAAGUCUAGAAUCCUGAUCUUCGUAAUGAUGUU